AUGAUGGCCGCUAAUAUGAAAAUGUCAAUGAUUAUUGUUGUGAUUAAUUUAAUCAUAUUUUGUAUGAUUGGACACGUUUCUUUAUUACCAAUCGAUGAUAAUGAUAAUCAAAUUGAUGAUGAUCUCGAAUCAUCGAUUAAUCGGGAUACGAAUUUGACCAGUACAACUCAAUCAACACCAAAACCAACGACAACGGUCAAGACAACUCAAUCAACACCAAAACCAACGACAACGGUCAAGACAACUCAAUCAACUCAAUCAACGACAACUCAAUCAACACCAGAACCAACGACAACGGUCAAGACAACUCAAUCAACACCAGAACCAACGACAACGGUCAAGACAACUCAAUCAACACCAGAACCAACGACAACGGUCAAGACAACUCAAUCAACACCAGAACCAACGACAACGGUCAAGACAACUCAAUCAACACCAGAACCAACGACAACGGUCAAGACAACUCAAUCAACACCAGAAUCGACGACAACGACCAAUUCAACUCAAUCAACACCAGAACCAACGACACCAAAACCGAAUGGAUCCAAAUCAAUUCAAACAUCAUCAUUAUCAACCUUGACGAUAACCACCAUAUUCAUUAUAAUGAUCAAUGUAUUGAUGAGCUAA